AUGCAAUUCAUCGCCACCGUCGUCGUCGCCUCCUUCCUCGUCCUCUCCCAGUCACCUCUCCUGGUGGAUUCCACCAGGUUUAAGGUCAACGUGACCAUCACCUGCUGGCACAGGGGCCAUGGUUUUACAUGGUUACUAUGUCGGAGGUCGAUCACUUUUUGUAUUGGCAAUAAGGACGACCAGAUCGAUACAGAGGGCGUCAAGGUGACGACGCAGGAGACCGUGUCGUUCUUCCUGGAAGGAGUUCAAGAAGAUGACGAAUUGUAUAGUUAA